ACAUAUCAGUCAUCUAUUUACUAUCAUGUGAUUAUAUUACAUAACUUUAAGAGUUAAUAUUAGCCAAUAGCACGCGGUUAAUGUCUAAUAUAUACUAUAAAUGAUCCAAUCAGCUUCCUCACGGUGCUCACUGCAACCAAUGGCGGUGUGUCAGGAAAGGACAACAGGAAGUGAAUGUCCGCUUCUGUCAGCGCGAGACGCUAAUGCGGCGGUCAGGAGAGCAAAGCCCCCACUAUGUACUGGAUUAUCUUCACCUCGGGGUGCACACAUUAGCUUGUUUGUUGAAUGGAGGAACCCGUACCAUACUGCUGAAAGUAACGUUUAUUAAUAUCUGUGGUCAGUCCGGCUUGAAUGCUAGGUAGCUAACACCGGGGGCUAGCGUCUUGAAAUGCUAAACUUAGCUAGCUUUGGCAAGCUAGUACAUUAACGUCACAUUUAUCUGUGGAGACAAGUCGAGUCGUGGUUGAAGACCGAGGAAGUCGCUGAAAUGAGUCAAAAUACCACAAGGCACCGACCAUCUUAGCCUUCGUUUACAGCAGUUCUGUGUUGCAAUGAGGAGCACCAGCAUUCAGCUCUGAGGGCUCAGAGGCAUGAACUCCGUUUCCCCCAGCACGGUGCAAUACGUAGGGGGAGUGAUGCAGGACGAGCUGGUGGCGAGCCAGAGGCAGCAGCCCCUGGAGCGGCAGGGCAGCUUUGGUCUCAGGCCAGCACAGACUCCAGAUCCCAGUAGAGAGGCCACUGGAGAGCCUGACGAGAUGGACAAACUGAAAGCCAAACUGAUGUCAGCGUGGAACAACGUCAAAUACGGUUGGACUGUUAAGUCUAAAACCUCCUUCAACAAGAUAUCACCGGUCACUGUCCUGGGACACUCUUAUCUGCUCAACAGUGAAGAUGCGGUGGAGCGGUUCCGUUUGGCUUUUGUGUCCAGGAUUUGGCUGACCUACAGGAGGGAGUUCCCUCAGCUGGAGGGCUCCACCUGGACCACAGACUGCGGCUGGGGCUGUAUGCUGCGCAGUGGACAGAUGCUGCUGGCUCAAGGGCUCCUGGUCCAUCUGAUGCCCAGAGAUUGGGCUUGGCCAGAUGUUCAGCAGCUGACCGAAGUAGACUUUGAGGUGUUCAGACCGCGUUCCCCAGCCCGGGCUGGAGGAGUCCCCAUCCCCUCCUUUGGCUCUCCACGAGGGUCCAACACCCCCGAAAAGUCCCUGACGGGUGAUCAGGCGCCCAAAUGCAGCCAAAGGAAGAGACCGGAGUGUGUGCGGGACAGGCAGGCAGAGCCCAUCCACCACAAGCUGGUCACCUGGUUCGGGGAUCAGCCCCCAGCACCUUUUGGGCUUCACCAGCUGGUGGAAAUUGGCAACAGUUCAGGAAAGAAGGCCGGUGACUGGUACGGCCCCUCUAUAGUGGCACACAUUCUAAGGAAAGCCGUAGCCAAAACCUCUGUGCUCCACAACCUGGCUGUAUAUGUGGCUCAGGAUUGUACAGUGUACAAAGAAGACGUGGUGCAUCUAUGUGACCUGUCACUGAGCCAGACGCCCCCUGAUCCGUCCAGCCAAGCCUGGAAGUCCGUCAUCAUACUGGUGCCUGUACGGCUGGGAGGGGAGGCCCUCAACCCGUCCUACAUCGAAUGUGUCAAGAACAUCCUAAAGCUGGAUUGUUGUAUUGGAAUCAUCGGAGGCAAACCGAAGCACUCACUUUACUUCAUUGGCUUCCAAGACGAGCAGCUGCUGUAUCUGGACCCUCACUACUGCCAGCCCGUGGUGGAUGUCUCUCAGGUCAACUUCUCACUGGAGUCGUUCCACUGUAGCUCUCCCAAGAAGAUGCCCUUCAACCGCAUGGAUCCGAGCUGCACCAUCGGCUUUUAUGCCAAGAACAAGAAGGACUUUGAGUCUCUGUGUUCUGCUGUUAGUGUGGCUCUGUCGUCAUCGAAGGAGAAAUACCCCAUUUUUACCUUCGUGGAGGGCCAGGGUCAGGAUUAUGGACUUGAGGGUCACAGCGGCAACAACCACAGUGGACCUGCAGCCCACAUUCUGCCCCCCGGCAACCUGAGCAGGAGUAACAACAGAAGAACCAGUGACGAGUUUGUCUUCCUGUAAGGCACCGAGGAGGACGCUCUACUAGCUCUCACCCGUAGGGGGCGGAAAAGGACGCCUCAUUUCCUUUCAAAGGGAAGGACUCGAUUCUGUUGAUGGUGCAGCUGCAAGGUGGACAUGACGCUUUAGUGCUUUAUUGCCUUCGCUGGUCAACGGAAUUAAAGACUGUGUGGCUUCUGUUAUCACCCUUUUUGUGUGGAUGGGUAUUAUAAGCUAACGUAAUGUCUGGAGCAUUAGUUCACUGAGCAAAGGCAGGAUUUCAAAUUGGUUCAUUGUUGGAAAUGUUCCAACUACUUGAAGUAUUCUUGAUUCACUUCAUCAGAUACCCAGAACGCCUCGAUGUCGAGCAUGUAUGAGCGAAAUCAAGCACGUUGUGUUUUCAUCCUGGUCUGAGCUGGACUGGAAGGUGACGUGAUAUACCACCUGCUGAACGUCUCCAUUUUUGUUUUUAGUUCUUACAUUUAUUUAUCAGGUUUAUGAACAUAUUUUUGCGAGUGUGUUAGUUUAGCUUAUCUGUUUGUCUUGAAUAAGUGUACCGAUGUAUUUAAGAGUCUGUCGCGUUGAGGUUUCAAAUUCUUCCGAGUGUUUAAGUUAUCUGGAUACAUUUGCAAAGUAAAAACCCAGAAUAGCUCUUUGUUUUCCACUUCAGGUUCUGGGUUCUACUUGGUAAAGUUCUACAGUCAAUAAGACCGGCCCAAGCUGAAUGGCUUUUUUGUUGCGAUGUCAUUUGUGUUUAGUUUGUCCCUUUUCUACGUGAAGGCUAUUACUGCAGGUUGCUCUACUACUGUUAUUUGAUUUCUUGUCCUGAUUAAACUUCAAACACUGGAAUCACAUUUUAUUCGCAUCACAUACUCUGAAGAGAUGCACUGUUUUGUUCUCAUCUGAUCACUGCAGAAGAAGCACAGACUGUUCACCCUGAAACAAAAUGCAAUGUUUUGUCUUCACAAUGUAAUUCAGUGCAGUUCACUCCUGUUGAUUUCACGGCACCGGAAACUAGUCUUCCACCAUUCUACAUUUGAAGCUAACCUGUGACCUGGUUUCUUGCUCACUUUGAACUCACCUGUGGAUGUUAAAUCUUCAUAACAUAAAGUUAAUACACUGGUAAAAUA